UGGCAGUUGUAACGGUUUUCCAGCACCUAUUGUUCAGCGUUUUCAGCGAAUGAAAAAUCUGCACGUUGUGACACACGCAGUUUACUUGUGGCUUGCAACUCGAUAGUAGUUUUACGUGCUUCUAGUGGAAAAUUAGUUUUUGUAUACAUAUUUCACAACCAAUACCAUGCGCAUUAUCGGGAUAACCUACCCCAAGGAUGAUGGUUCGCUUGAAACGUUACUGGUUCGAUCGUCGAUUAGUUUGCAAAAUGCUACGGUGCGCAAGAUACUGCCCUGGUUCUUCAGUCAAGCUCUACCCUUGUUCGACUUUCUAGCAGUAAGUUGCAUCGUGAUACGCCUCCAAACGAAAGUUGAUCCGUUCCAGCACCUGCGCCGUCGCCAAAGUCCACCAUUUGAUGGGAAAGGAUUUAACCUGCAGCGCAGUGAACGGCAUGGAGGUUUUGUGUCCAUCGAUGAAUGGCUUAGAAUUCCCAUCGAAGACUUUAAACAACUGUGUCCCGGGUUUUUCUACGGUACCGCAAACUAUCCUAAUCUCAACAUUUUACUUUCACAACGGCGCUUCCGGCAGCAUGUCGUCAAUUCGUCGAAGCUUUGGGGUAUCAUGUACGAUUGUCUGUUCUGUAGACAGUUUAACGAACGGCACCAGACUGAUGGUGGUUUUAAGCAGGAACUGCGUAUGAAAUAUCUCGCAACGCAGCAAAAAGACUUCCGACCCGAGAUAGUGGAACUGGAGGAACGCAUCGAAAUGUCGAAUCAAUACUCAAAGUUAAAGAACUCUCUACAGCAGAUGACCGGUAGCCUGCAUACGCAGCAAGUCCAACGCUACAAGGACGAUAUAAAACAGCUUAAACUGAUGUUACGAGAGACGGCACGCGAAAAGGGACAGCUACUAGCUAUCCGUGCGAUUCGCGAUUACGACACAACCAUGGUAAUUACUAAAGAAAUUACUGCUGCAAGCAUAAAAGUAAGGAAAAAUGAGCUUGAAAACUUGCUGGCUUUCUGCCAAGGGGAAUUGUUUGAAGUAAGGGCGUCAUUGGAAUUGCGAAAAGCAUUCGAAACUGCUCUAAAGAAACUAAAGACACACAUCAGCGAGAUAGAGGACGUUGUAGAUCAAGUCGAUAACAUUCGGUUUUUGGAGUUCAAGCUGGAGAGUGUACGGUGCUUCAUCGAGAACAAUCAAUCGUUAUUGGUGCUGUCGCACAUAAGCGAUGAGAGUGAAAGGAAGGCAUAUGUAAGCAAUCUUCAACUUCUCAAACAAUCCAUGCAGAUACAACUAAAAUCCGCUCAAGGAGAUGUAAUUCAAAUGAAAAAUGAUAAAAGUGCGUUUAUCGAUCAAAUGCUAGCGCUCAAAGAUCUAGGCAACUUUUCGACGGUAAGCGACAACACCCAUCAGGCUCACCGUGAUCUUGACCAGCUGCAGCAAACCAUUGUUAAGAUGGUAGAAACAACAAAGGCAAUUACAACAUACGAAGCUAAAAUUUCGAGCCUCCAGCAGCCUAUCUGGCACAGCUAUCUAGAAAUGUCCGGCAAUGUUCCUUUUAACGAGCUCGUUUCGAUUGCUGCCGUGAAGCUGGCAGUAGAAAUGUUGGACGCAAACGUGCAAGAAAUUUUUCUGGGUUUUGUAUACGAACGUGCACUAGAUGCUGGCAUAAGAACUAAAUGGUGCGAAGGACUUUCCUGUUCAGCGAUAUUUAAAUCGAUGGAUGGUGUUACGUGCGUUAAGCAAAUAAUCGAAAAGGAGCAGAACAUCAAAACAUUCCCAUUCGUCGUGUUGGAAACACGUGCCCGUUCAAGUUUAAAUAAUUUCCUCUGCAAAAAUGUCCCUGAAGAAGAUACUGGCAAGGACUACGAAGACACUGUCGCUAAAGUGAAUACUCUCGUUCAACAUAUAGAGAACCAGUUACGUGCAAAACGGGAGCUAAAUGCAAAUCGUGAAUUGUAUGAGCAUUUGACUGCUGCCAUGGAAGACCUUCUGGCCAAACUCGACAGUGUUUACAAUGGUAGCAUCAUUCAGUGGCCUAGAAUACAAUUGCAAGAGCUUCCAAACCUCGUGAUUCGUUGCAUAACAGCAGAAAAUCAGCUUGACCGACUGCAGGCACGUAACGAUGCACUGGAGAAAUUCAUUGAUCAGAUUGAAAAUGUCCAACCUCUACCAAGCACGGAGCAACUGAAACUACAAGAAUCACGCUUAAAUGAAGAACUUAAAACCAUUCUGCAAAAGGUAGAUCACAGCAAGAAAUCGUACUAUAAAAUUUUAAAUCAAAUUUCAAGCAAAUGCGAUAAGAUGCAAUUUGUACUUAACCGUUACGAGGAAGAUUUUUGCUCAAUGCCAGCGGGCAUAUCAUCUACUAUCUACGGAAAGCUGAUUGACUGUUGGACUACUUGUAGUGAAUUAAUAUUGCGCACUAUUCCGACAAUCGAAGAUGCAGCAAACCAGUUUGGCUCUUCCGAAGAUGAGCCAUCUGCAGAUAUCAACGAGUUAAAUGAACAAAUUGAUUCGCUUGAUUUGCGUGAAAAAUCUCUAACAUCCCGUAUAACCGGCACAGAGACCAUGCUCGAAGACUAUCAACGUGAGAACAAACUCUCUGAAAGUUCAAGCCACUUUUCUGUACCACGCCAACUGUUGCAAGAAUCCAAUGCUCUGUUGGGCAAAAUUGUCUCCACGCAAAAAGAACUGCAACAAUUACCACACGGAUGCAACAGUUCAAAGAUGGCCAGCAUGAAAAUUAAACUAAAGCGACUGUAUCUUCUCGAAAAGCACCGUCAGGAUGUGAGGGAAAUGUGCUUAAACAAUCUCAUCCUUCCAAUGGUCGACAAGCUGCAUGUGCAAAAGUUGCGUCAGGUUUGUCAACUGGUAACAUCGGUUUCGGAGGACCUGCCCGAGCUGGGUGGAAGCGCAAAAGUUUUCUUUGAAUAUGAGAGACAUGGCCUGGAAUACGGAAACACCAGCGACUACAUGCAGACUCCAUUCAGCCUGCAUGGAAUCAAUGGCAUCAACAUUCACAUUUUUGGAGACGAAUGUCGCCAAGUAUCGAUAAAUAAGAAACAGCGGCAUCUCGCCUUCCUAAUCCUGUUCAUCAGUUUCCUUUACUGCGACGGAUGUAAGCUGCUGUUCCUGGAUAAAACAUGCGAGCAAUUAUUCGAUUCCGGUAUGGUCAGCAUUUUUUACGUGCUGGAAAAACAUUUCCCAACCAUGCAAGCCAUCAUUCUGGAUAAGAACGAACAGUGAGUAAAACAUAGCUGCACGGUA